AUGGCUUGUCUUGCACACAAUUCAAGAUAUUGUUCCUUAUUUCAUGCUGUUGUCAAUGAACUUCGACAACAAAAUCGUAUACCUGUAUGUAAAUUACGAAAUAUGCCUCGUCAAUGUUGUACAUGCAAUGACGUUGGCCAGCAAACAUCAAACAGUGUUUCUAUUGAUCGCAAAAAUAAAUUAAUGAAAUUGAAAAUUCUUACUGAUCAAAUAGAUCGAGAUAAAACAAACGAUUCUAAACUUCUUCUAUCAUUGUACAGAUUAAAAAAAUUCAUAAAAAAGAAUAGGAUUUCACAUAAAUACGUAUUAUCAUCAUCAACCGUUGAUAAACCUAUAAGAAAACUUGAUCAUGAUUCAUCUGAUCUUGAAGAAAAGCAAAGUAUGCAUACUCGAAGACGUUUGCUGAGAAGAAACAGAAGCAGUAACUCAUCAAAAGCAUUUAAAAAUGGAAGAUUUCUCUAUUUACCAUAUAAACUUGCAAAUGAAAGAAAGCUCGAUUCGCUAAACGAAGCUGCAAAAAAAGUACAACAUAGCCGAUUUAUUGGUAGAGAUGGUUAUAUCGCAUCUUUAGAAAAAGAGCAUAGUGUUUAUAUCAAUAUGAUAACGUUGAAAACGACUAAACAAAUUAUAAAAACACUCAAAAAUGCGAAAGCAGGCACAGGAAGAGUGAUAAUUCAUAACGAAGAUCUGUCAGAGGUUGAAGAUGGUGAAUGGAUAUUUGUUCGCCCGAGAAAAUGUGAAGGAAAAGGAAAUAAAGUUGAUUUUGAUUCCAUAAUGGAUGAACUCACACUUCGAUGGGAUUGGUUUUUGAAAAAACUAGUGAAAAAGGACAGAGAAUGA